UGACGAAUUGUACUAACUGACGACAAAGUCGACAAAUUUCGCGCGACUCCAGUGAAAGAGGCACGUCUCCGAACAUCGCGGUCCCGAUCGUCUGUCCGCAUAUUGCUCCGCGAGCAAUACCCACGCCCACCUACAACGAUCAGACAUGCCGCCAAGGCUAAACUUCCUAGCCUCUUGCAGGACUUUGGUUCUGCGUCCAAAGAGACCAGCACCGGCCUCAUGGCAGCCGCCACGAGCCCUUUCCAUCAUCAGGGGCUACGCCGACAACAUCACGCCGCCUCCCUCUUCCUCUUCCUCUUCCAGUUAUCCCUCGCCGGCGGCUCCCGAGUCUAGUCAUAUUGAGGAUGACGAGAUAGUGACCCCUCUGUCAAGUCUUGAUGCAGCUCGGCCGCUUCAUGUGAGACCGGCGGAGGCUGGGCCGGAUAUGGACAACGAUGAGGCACUUCGGCAGCUCGAGAUGAUCUCUUAUGGUGUCAAUGCCUUCGAUCCUCAGGCUGUAGGCCAUAAGUACGGCGUUCCGGAGCUUCCCAUCCCCGACGGAAUGCACUUGAAGCAUCGCUACAACCCUGUGCUGGAUCAAUGCACAAACCUGCUCAUGAGGGACGGAAAGAAGGGCAAGGCUCAAAGGGAUAUGAGCAUGAUUCUGAACUUCCUCCGAACCUUUCCGGCGCCCCGCAGGACCUCAGCGCACCGUCUGAUGCCGGGCGCGCCGCCCCUUUCGCACCUGCCCCUGGACCCCGUGACGUACUUUACGCUGGCGAUUGACUCUGUGGCGCCGCUGGUCAAGAUCCGCAACUUUGCCGGCCUGGCGGGUGGUGGUGUCGCCCUGCCCAUCCCCACGCCCCUGCCGGUGCGGGCGCGGCGGCGCAUAGCGUUCCAGUGGAUUCUGGAGAGCGUCAACAAGAAGCCCUCCAAGGGCAGUGGUAGGACGCAGCUCUCACACAGGAUCGCCGAGGAAAUCGUGGCCAUCAUCGAGGGCAGGUCGUCGCUGUGGGAGAAGAGGAUGCUGCUCCACAAGAUGGGCACCACGGCCCGUGCCAACGUGCAAAAGCUGACGGCGCCCAGGAGGAGGUAGUGAGGAGCGGGGAACGUGGAAUAUAUGCGGAAGGAGAUCGGCGUGCCGGUGCCAACCGGGAGGCUACGACAAGCUGCUGACCUUUCUCGAGAGCAAUUGCUUGGUGAAGUUUGAUGUCAAGUGGGAAUAUCUCUGGCCGGAUGCAUCAUAUGUACGUCCAUAGAGUGUAUAACAAUGUACAUUUAAAACUCCAGUGUCUCAGGGAAACAAAAAGGAUAUCAUGUCAAAUUUGAAUCUUCCCUGCGUGCUUUGCCUGUUUCCUAA